GAAACAAACAGUUAAACCGAAACACACGAAUCUGGAGUGUUUAGACUUGGGUUGUUAGCUUCCAAAAUGUCUCAGGCUAACGGUAACAAGGAAUUUAGCAUGACUAAAGAGGAACUUGAUAAAUUUGAAAAGGCCCUGAAAGAUAAAGAGUUUCGAAAAUUGCUUGUGGAAUAUGCUCAAGAGAUAUCAGAUCCAGAAAAUAAAAAGAAAUAUGAAGAAGAAAUAGCACAGAUGGAGAAGAUGAGAGGAAUGGAUGUGAAGUUUGUUAAUCCUGAGGAUGGUUAUGUUGUAAAAACAACAGAUCUUGGGAGUGGUAUCAAAGUAUUUGUCAACAUUUCCUUGAAUCAACAUAUUGGGGAAGCAUCUUCACAAUAUACUGAAAGAGAGGAGAAUGGAAAGAAGAGAGCUGGCUAUCAGUGGAAUAUUCCUUACAGCUUAUCACAACCCAGAGAGGAUGUUGAUAGAGCUGGCAAGCCCUGUACUGUGUAUGAUGCCAUAUUCCAUCCAGACACUUACAAGAAAGGUCAAGAGGACAAGAGAUUUAAACAGUUGAUGAUUGACACUGCUUUAGAUGGAAUUCUGAGAGAGUUUAGAGCAAGACUGGACAAGAAAAACCUUAAAUUCCCAAAGAUGAAGUUCAAGGGAGUUAAACAGUCUACAGUUAUAAGAACAAAGACAAGUGAGGUGCCUGAAGAUUCAGCUGAGAUGAUGAUUGGUGAUGCAAAAUUUCCAUAUCCCUAUGGUGAUGAACCAACAGUUGUGACCAAGGAGAAAAAACCAACAGUCAAGGAUGGGCAUAGACAUAGAAAGAAGACGGAUGAGCCCAGUGUACCAGAGUUUAGAAUUGUGCAUCGAGGGCUUAUUGAUCUUCAGAACUUCACAAAUGCAAGGGAUUCUAAUCCUACUACAAGACCUAAAGAACUUGUUGUCUACAUUGACUUGCCAUUGUUGGAGUCUGCUGCACCUUUGGAGUUGGAUAUUCUUGAGAAACAGCUGGUGUUGGGUUGUGAGAAGCCUUGUUACAAUUUAGACAUAGCACUUCCUUAUCCAAUAGAUGAAGAAAAUGGAUCAGCUAAAUUUGACAUAAGCAAGAGACAGCUGACUGUUACUUUACCUGUAUUACCAGCUACGGAUAUUCCUCAAAUGGAUGUGGGAAUUGUUACAGGUGACCAAGUAGAAGAUGAGCAAUGUAGAAAUGAGGAACGACCAAAUUCACCCCAAACAAGCAACCAAGAUGAAGAACUUUCAUCUGGAGAACUUCAACAGCCCAAACGUGAAUCUGUGGAGCAAACUUUAAAGGAUAAUAUAAGAACUUUGCUUGAUAAGGGUACUGAAGAGAAUGAAGCAUUUGAAGUCUGUGACUUGGAAGAUGAAACAGACAUUCGGUUUAAGCUGCCAAGUUCGUCCUCAGAGUUCUCCUCUCCUUGUUUCUUUACUACCCCACCCUACAGAUACCACCAGUGUGAUGAUGUAAUCACAGUUAUUAUUGAUGUCCCAAAUAUUGCACUUGACUCAGUUUCAUUGGGAUUCAAAAAGAAUAAGGCAUACAUAAGUUUCCCAUCUGGAAAGUCUUACCCAGGAGAGCUGCCUGCACCGGAUUAUGCCUUGUAUCUGCAGUUCCCAGAUGAUCAUAACCUUGAUGCAGAUCUCAGUAACAUUGACGUCAGUGAGGGAAACCUUGUUCUGAACCUUUACAAACAGGAAUCCUGCAAGGGGCUGUGGGAUAGUUUUGAGGCAGGUUCAGGAGAAGAAAAUUUAAAGACUCAGUUCCUUGUUUCUGAAAAAAUGGUUGAUGUGAUGAUGGAUGACAUUGCCGAGCAGGAUCCGUGGUCCAUCGCUGCUCCUAAUGGUGAAGCACAUGCGAAAGUUUCUUCUCUUACCGAUGACUGCCUCAGCCUUGGGAUAGAGAGAACUGAUCUAGGAAACAGCCAUGAAAACGAAGAAUUCUCUGAAUCUCACAUUAACGCUAAGGACGAGAAACUAGACAAAAGGCGAAUGGGAGACAGCAUCAGUUCUUACGAGGAAAUUAAAGUGACUGAGGUUGUGAAAGAUCUUGAAAGAACCCAACUAGACGAUAGCCCACCGAUAACAAAAUUAAAUGACGAAGGGAAUGGAGAGACCGUGAUGUCGGACUCAGAGAACCCUGAGAGCGAAGAAGCGAGCGCGGAAAAGAGCGACAGCUUUGUGCCAAUUGAUGUUAUAAGCAACGCAGUAAAAAGCAGGAGAUCGAUUUUGAGAAGGACUUCAAGUACGUCCACCGAUGAUUCACAAGGUGACGAGAAUGAGUGGAACGGAGUACCCGACUCCCCAAGCAAGAAAAAUGUACGAUUUAAUCUCAACCCUAAUGUUCGUGUAUUUAGCAACAAGAAAGAUAAAAAGAAAAGGAAAUUAGAGGCAAGAUUGAAAGCUGAAGCACGAAAACAUUCAUUUGAAAGUGAAUCAAGUGGGUCUGAAUUUAGCAAUGGGACGUCACCCGUAGAUAUCGGGACAGGAUGGGACGCGUUUGAUGAUCAAUCCCGGGGGACAGGGACUUCUUCCGAAAAUGGAGAUAAGGGACCUAAUGCGGAUGAUAUACAAUCUAAAGAUGAUAAUGUAAGUAACCAAGCCGGAGUAGAAGCUUUUGGGAUGGCCAACAAUUUGAUCUUUGAACUCGAUGACUAACCAUUUGUCGGCGCUCAAAUCUUGGUGAUUGUUAUUGCAUCGUUUUGAAGAGGGUUAUAGUUACAUAUGCAGCGUAUGUAUUUUAAUUCAAUUCAAACGAAGUGACCUCUCUGAAGCACACGAAACAAAUAAAAUUAACGUUGAUCUUUA